AUGGCCUUCAAUCCGACACACCUCCAACUUUGGCUGGGAUUACUAGUGAUUGCGGGCUUGCUCUACACAGCAUGUCUCGUCAUCUACAGACUCUUCUUUCACCCGCUGGCCAAGUAUCCGGGGCCAUUUCUCGCCAAGCUCACGGAUGCAUAUAUGCUCUACCACGCCUGGAAGGGGGAUCGCCACCUCGAGUUAUGGCGCAUGCACGAAACGUAUGGCAAAUUUGUUCGGUUUGGGCCCAACUCGCUCUCGAUCAACUCCAACACGGCUCUGAAAGAGAUCUACGGGUUCCGCGCCAAUGUUCGCAAGGCCGAGUUCUACGACGCCUUUGUACACCCGGCCCCUAACACGCACAACACCCGUGACAAGGACAUGCACGCUCGCAAGCGCCGCGUCCUCUCUCACGCCUUCUCCGACGGCGCCAUCAAGGGAGUCGAGCGCUACAUCCUGGCCAACAUCCGGACUUUCUGCGAGGCCGUCGGCGACUCCGGACGCGUGAUUAGCGAGAAAAAGGGAUGGAGCUCGCCCAAGAACAUGUCGGACUGGUGCAAUUGGCUCGCCAUGGACAUCUUGGGCGAUCUCUGUUUCGGCAAGGCCUUCCAUAUGCUCGACCGUCCGGACAACCGAUAUGCCGUCGACCUCGUGGGGGUCGCCGCACAGCGGCAUCUCUUGUGCGGCACCAUGCCCAUCAUCAACAAGCUCAGCCUGGAUAAAAUCCUCUUUCACAAAAUCUCCGCCGGCCGCGCCAAAUACAUGGCGUACAGCCGGCAGCAACUGACGGAGCGCACCGCCCUCGGCGACGAAACCGACCGCCGCGACUUCUUCUACCACCUCCUCAAGGCGCGCGACCCUGAAACCGGCCAGGGCUUCUCGACCCCCGAACUUUGGGGCGAGUCCAAUCUGCUCAUCAUCGCCGGCUCUGAUACAACGUCGACCGCCAUGGCAGCAACGCUCUUCUACCUCGUCCGGCACCCGGAGGCCCUGGCCAAGGCAACGGCCGAGAUCCGCGCCAAGUUCGCGUUGCUCGAGGACAUCCACAACGGCCCGGCGCUCAACUCGUGCACCUACCUGCGCGCCUGCAUCGACGAGGCCAUGCGCCUGUCCCCGUCCGUAGGCGGCCUCCUGCCCCGCGAGGUGCUGGCGGGCGGCAUGACCAUCGACGGGGAGCGCGUGCCGGCGGGGACCAUCGUCGGCACGCCGCACUACGCCAUCCACCAUAACCCGGCGUACUAUCCGGAUCCGUUCGCGUACCGGCCCGAGAGGUGGAUUGUCGGCGGCGGAGACAAGGACGGCGGCGCGGGCGGCGUGGACGAGGCGAGCGUGGCGCUGGCGCAGAGCGCCUUCUGUCCCUUCUCAAUUGGGCCGCGCGGGUGCAUCGGGAAGGGGCUGGCGUAUGUCGAGAUGAGCAUCACGCUGGCGAGGGUGCUGUUCUUGUACGACGUGCGCCGGGCCGUCGGGGUCCAGGAUCCCGGAGAGGGGAAGCCGGGCGCCGAGUGGGGGAGGCAUAGGGUGAGCGAGUUUCAGUUGAUGGAUACGUUUACGAGUUUGAAGAACGGGCCGAUGGUGGAGUUUAGGAGGAGGGAGUUGUGA